AUGGUUGAAGCCACAGGAUUGUCUCACUUGAUAUAUGAGUACUUUCCUGUAUUUCGUCCGAGCCAGCUGCCGCAGUCUCUAGAUGCACCUUGUGCUUCCUCGUGGAUUUCUCCCCGUUUGCCAAGUGGGGAUGAUGCUAGACAUAGGUUAGCACGUUAUCGACAGUUGUUGGAUGAGCUUUUAGCUGAUGAUGUGACCUGGACUCCGUACGGACGAGAUGGCCACACAGAUAUACCUCGCUCCUUGUUUACUGGCCCCAUUCGCUUUUCUAACAGUGUUGAGGGAUACGAUCCUGCAUGUUGUCUGCGCCAGUUUGGAUACCGACAGAUUAUCCCCCGUGCUAUGAUGGUACCACAUGACCAGUACCGUCCGGCUUCCGGCAACAGUUACAUAGUCUUUUGGGAUCCGUGGGUGAAUCAGUUGUGGGAUAACGUGGCAGCCCAUCGUCUAGAUUUGAAUUUUGCUUCUCGGCCGUGCGAGCACCCAUCGAAGAUCGUGGAGGAGUAUGUUGACUGGUUUCUAACUAGAUCGCACCCACGGAUCACCCACCCCAGCUCUGAUGGCGUGCCUCAGCCUCGACCACUACUAGUUCAUCAGGUUAGUUAUGACUUUCUUUUGCUUUUCCAAAUAUAA